GAAGACAACAGCUCUCAGAGGGCCGUGGCUGCCUUCUGCCUGGAUCUGAGGCCCCUCUGCAGGUUGUGAUUUUUUUUGCCCUGCAGGUUCCAGCAAUUCUUUGGUUUCAGCCUCUCCAAGGAUACCCUGGGCUUUCGGUUGUGCUUGCCACGGGCACUGCAGGUUCCCAGCUGUGAAUGCUGCUGUCCCAGGCUGGCAGAUGUUUCUCCAUCUGUUUGAGCACGCAUCCCUUGUCAGUGCUUUCCCCCACUGUAACCAGGUUGCCUUCAGGGCUGCUGUUCUAGCAGGACGUCAGUGGUGUUCCCUUGGUCCCAGCAGCAAGAAGCUGUCCUGGGUCUGGCAGUGACCCCCAGGAGCCCCACGAGCUGUGCUGGACUUUGGGAACUCUGUGCUUGUCCCCAUUGCCAGCCCCGGUGUCUGAGCAGGCACUGCUCUGCUCCAGCCCCUGGUGCCUGGGGGGGAACAGCCACCGCCCCAUGUGCCACCGUGGCAGCUUCCUGCCCAGGUGCUCCCUGCUCACCCCCUGCUCCAGGGUUGUCUGGAAACGUGGCUGGAGGGGAGGGACGUCCGCGGGCACAGCAGCGAGUCCAGCAGUCCCUUCCACGGGCAGCUGCUGGCAGAGCUCUGCUUCCCCAGAGACAGCCCUGCUCCCCCGGCUCCUGCUGCUCCCCGGAGAGUGAGGGGCUGUGCCUGCUGCCUGCAUCUGCUGAGAGGCCCCAGGUGAGUGAUGGCUGAGAAUUGUGUUGAGGACGCACCAUCCCUGUGGCGUGUCUCACAUGAGGCGGCCACGGCCAGCUGGGCCCUGGGAGCCAUCCUCGCCGUGCUGGCCUCACUCAUCAUCGCUGCCAACGUGCCGGUGGCCAUUGUCCUGCUCUGCCACAUCUGGAAGAGCGGCUCCAAGGGGCUCUGUUUUGUCCUCAAUCUUGCCUUGGCGGAUGCCAUGGUUGGCUUCACAGUCAUGGGCCUGGCCAUGGAUGAGCUUUCCCAGCCCUUUCAUCCUUCCCAGAGCUUUUGCAUCCUGAGAAUGGCUUUUGUGACCUCUUCCUGUGCUGCCUCCAUCUUGUCCCUGAUCCUGGUUGCAUGUGACAGGCACCUGGCGAUCCGGAAGCCUUUCCACUAUUUCCAGCUGGUGACAGGCCCGCGGGUCGGGGCGUGCUUGGUGGGGCUCUGGCUGUUUGUUGCCAUCGUCGGCUUCCUCCCAGUCUUCAUCCCACACUUCCAGAGGAUCUCCGACCAUUGGAAAUGCUCCUUCUUCAACAUCUUCCAGCCUUCCUACAUGCUCACUAUGUUCUGCCUCGGCUUCUUCCCCGCACUCUUCCUCUUCCUCUACCUCUACUGUGACAUGCUGAAAAUCGCCUCGGUACACGUGCAGCACAUCCAGGAGGUGGAGCAGGCGGGGCUGGGUGGGGGCUGUCCCCCACCCCGUGCCACCAGUGACAUGAAGGCCAUGCGCACGGUGGCCGUGCUCGUCGGGUGCUUCACCCUCUCCUGGCUGCCCUUCUUCAUCGCCAGCGUCGUGCAGAUGGCCUGCCCUGAGUGCUUCCCCUACAAAGUCAUCGAGAACUUCUUCUGGCUGCUGGGGCUGGGCAACUCCCUCCUGAACCCACUGCUCUACUCCUACUGGCAGAGGGACGUGCAGCUCCAGCUCUCCCAGCUGGCUGCAGGUGUGAAGAGGAGGCUCCUGCUCCACCUGGGACACGGCCGCUGUUUCCCUGGCAGAGACACCAAGGCUCCUCCUGCUGUGUCCUGCCUGGAGCUCCAGGACUGACUUGGUAAGGAGUGGCUGUCUCUGGCUUGCCAGCUCCCUCCCUGCAUUGUGACGGUGAACUCAGGGCCUGCCAGCUGUGAAGAAGAUCACAGAUGGGUGGGACCAGUCUGGAUGCUAAUUCCCAGGCACCAUCAUGGCCGGAUUCCAGCCUGCCCACCGCCCCGCAGCCCCCAGCACAGCCAGCUUCACCCCAGCCCCAGGCAUGCCAGGUUGCAGGUGCUCCCUGGAGAGCCUGUGCUGGAGCAGCCCCGUGUCUGUGUCUCCUGGGCCAAGCUCUCCCACUCAGUCUGCAGGCAAAUACCCUUUGCCCAUUGCCACCCAGCUUCCCCUGCCAGGUGUCCACCCCCUGCCUCCCCCUCUGUCGGCAGCACUGGCUCCAUGGGCAGCAAACCCCCCUUUCCUGGGGCAGGUGUGGGGACAGGGAGGGCUCUAUCUCCUUGGCCCUGGCAGCAAAGACUGGGCAGGCUGUGAACAUCCCCGAGCUCUCCUGGACAACAGGUGCUCCCCCUACCUUCCUGAACCCAGCUCUCAAUUCCACGCAGGGCCACCCCUGCUUUGGGCUGUGCCCACUCGGAGCAGAGGUGAGGGGGUGAGUUUGGGCAUGGGGACAGAAGGCUUGGCAGUGACCGUACCUGUGUGCAGUGUGGCGUGCCCGGCAGCCCCAGGGCAGGGGGACAGCCUGGGCACUGCUGUCACUGUUUACCCAGGCUGUAAAGUGAGUCAAUGAGUAACUG